CGGCUGAAAUUUAUGGACCCCACUGCCGCUCCGCCGUCACUCCCAUUGAGUUUCCACAUUGAGGUUAUUUUAGUCAUUUCAUCCUCUCCGUUUCUUCCUACCAAACCCGUCUUCUUCUUCUUCCUCCUCCAAUUCAAUCCAAUUCAAUCCAGUUUCAGUUCAUUUUUCCCUUCAAAUUCUUCUCAGAUUCUUCAUUUUUCAUUCCAUUGCAUUUCCUGAAAAUGGAGGUAAAGCGCCGUACAGCUUCCACUUUAGUCUCUCGCCUCAGCUCCGUCUCCGAGCAAAUCCGAUGCGAAUCCCUUUCGGAGCUCCGAUUGAUGACCAAAAACGACGCAGAAAGCCGAUCGCUCAUCGUUGAAGCCGGUGCCAUUCCUUACUUGGCUGAAACUCUGUAUUCCUCUUCUCACGCCGCCCAAGAAGACGCUGCCGCUACGCUUCUCAACCUCUCAAUCUCCUCCCGUGAAGCUUUGAUGUCAACUCGCGGCCUCCUCGACGCGAUCUCUCAUGCUCUUGGCCAUCACAAUUCCUCUUCCUCCGCCUCCGCCGUCCAAUCCUGUGCUGCGACUCUCCAUAGUCUUCUCGUUGUGGAUGAGUACCGCCCGAUUAUCGGUUCCAAGCGUGAUAUAAUUUAUUCUCUUGUUGAUAUUCUUAAAUAUAGGAAAUCUCCUCAGAGAUCGAUUAAAGAUGCUUUGAAAGCGUUGUUUGGGAUUGCGCUUCACCAGUCGAAUCGAUCUACUAUGGUAGAUCUCGGAGUGAUUCCGCCGCUAUUCUCGUUAGUUGUGGUCGGCGGUCACGCUGGGAUUGUUGAGGAUGCGUCGGCGGUGGUUGCGCAGGUGGCGGGAUGUGAAGAGAGCGAACUGGCAUUUCGUAGGGUUUCUGGAUUGGGGGUUUUGGUGGAUUUGUUGGAUUCAGGGACUGGUUCGAGUCAGAGGACGAAGGAGAACGCGGUAUCGGCGUUGUUGAAUUUAGCGAAAUGGGGCGGAGAUAGGGCGGCGGAGGAUGUCAAGGAUUUGGGAUCUGGAAUCUUGAGCGAGAUUGCGGAGGUGGCCGUGAACGGCAGCGAAAAGGGGAAAAACAAGGCGGUGGAAUUGUUGAAGAUUAUUUCAAGUGGCGGCAUUGACGGUAAUGUAUUUGAGGAUUUGAACUUGGAUCGUCUGAUAAAUCCAUGCUCUGAAUAGGUUUUUGUUUCAUAUUGUUCUCUCUUUGACUGAUUGAGAUUGAUUACCUCUCCACCCUAUUUGUAUCACAUCAGAUUGAUUCUUUUCCCCCUAGUUUGAACAAAUUCUAUGUACAAAUUAAAUGAUACAGGCAUCUGUAGGUGAUACCACAAUAUCAAAAUUCUACCCUUUUAGUUCCUACAAGUUUUCAUGAAAUUAGAAAAUUUGUAUUGAGCUAUGCUUAGUUUAGUUUUGCCAUGUCGUGCAGAAAUUGAUGUGUAAUCUCUUCUUCUAGAGCUAUAUGGUUGAAGUAGAGUUGAUGAACUUUGGAAGAAUCAUGAUCAGGAUUCAAUUUUGUACCAA